CCACACACCUGUGCUGCACGGGGUUUCCCGGGCUUGGCCCCACGGGUGCCCGGCCUGGGCCGUUCUGCGCAUGCGUCCCGCCGCUUUGUGCCGCCGCCGCCGCUGUUGCCGCAACUCGGCCCCGCUCGUGCGCGACAGUUCCUGUGAGCGGCUGUGCACGCGAGACGAGAGAUGGUGAUGGAGAGGCCAAGUCCGCAGUUGGUUGGGCGGGAGUUCGUGCGGCAGUACUACACCCUGCUCAACCAGGCGCCCGACUAUCUGCACAGGUUCUAUGGCAAGAACUCAACCUACGUACAUGGCGGGCUGGACGCCAACGGACAGCCCGCCGAGGCCGUCAUUGGGCAAGCGGAAAUUCACAAGAAGGUGAUGUCGCUAGGAUUUCGGGACUGUCACACCAAGAUACGACAUGUCGACGCUCUCGCCUCGCUCGGGGAUGGAGUUGUGGUACAGGUGAUGGGAGAGCUGUCCAAUGCCGGGCAGCCCAUGCGACGCUUCAUGCAGACCUUCGUGCUGGCGCCAGAGGGAUCGGUGCCAAACAAGUUCUACGUUCACAAUGACAUGUUCCGCUACCAGGAUGAGGUGUUCCUCGACUCUGACACAGAAGCUGCCGAAGAGUCGGGAGAGGAGGUGGAGGAGGGUGAGGAGGAGCAAGAGAUUAUCCAGCCAGAGCCUCCGGCUCCUGCCCCCUUCAUUCAGGACACAACUCCGCCCAGCAGUACGGAGGUCGUUGAGCAGGAGGAGUUAACCUCUCACCUGGAGGCGGCGCCGGGCGGUGGCAUCGCUGGUCCUGGGGCGGAGCCCGAAUCCCCGGGCGGUGUGGAGGGGAACGGGGACGUGGAAGGGGGCAGUCCGGAGGAGGACGAGAGGGUCCCUGACAGCCUAGAUACGGACGGCACUGGCCAUUGGAGGGACGAAACGGAGGGGACAACGCCGGAGAAACCGGAAGCAAAACCCCCUUCCCCGUGCCAGCCUGUCGAGCCCCCACCAGCCCCCCACAAGCCGCCCGAGACGAACUCAUGGGCGUCGGUGACAAGCAAAAACCUGCCACCCGGAGGAGUGGGGGCGCCAUCCGGAGGAGUCACCCCCUAUGUGAUGAAGGCUCCUCAGGCUCCGUUACAGCCAGCGUCUCAGCCAAGAGUGGAGGUGAAGACCGAGCAGGCGGGGACUGGACCUGUCCCACUCCUCUCUCGCGGUCGAGGGGGGGGGCCCCCACGGGACCGUGCUGGGGGGCCACCCCGCACCCCUCGCCCUGAGGGGGGUGACGGGAAUCAGGAGUUUGAGCCACGGCGCCCGACCACGGCACGCUACCCGGACUCCCAGCAGAUCUUCGUGGGGAAUCUCCCGCACGACAUCGAGGAGGCCGAGCUGCGGGACUUCUUCAUGACGUUUGGACACGUCGUCGACCUGCGCAUCAACACCAAGAGUAGCGGCAGCGGCAGCAAGCUUCCCAACUUCGGCUUUGUCAUCUUCCAGGAGCCCGACGCCGUGCAGAGCGUGCUCGCCUCUAAGCCCGUGCUGCUGCGCGGGGAAGUUCGUCUCAACGUGGAGGAGAAGAAAUCUCGCGUCGCCCGCGACGGCGAGUGGCGCUCGCUGGAGGGACGCCGCGGCGGCGGCGGGGGGGGGCCUGGCGGCGCCCGUGGCGGAGGGGGGCCUGGAGGCCUGGGUCCCCGUGGCGGCGGGGGACCCCGCGAAGGCUGGGGGGGCGGUGCGUCCCCCAGGGGCGGCGGCGCCGGAGCCGGGGGCUUUUUCCCGCGUGGCGGGGGGCGGGGUGGCCAGGGGGAUCCCCGAUUCCCUGCCCAACGGCGAUAGAAGUCGCCCCGUGGAUCGCCCGCCCGCCCAUCCGCUCGUCCAUCCGUCCGCACCCCUCCGCACGCAGGAGUCUGCCCCCGCUCCGCGUGCAGGGGCGCAGGGUUUACCGCGUCUCGUGUGGUGGGUGGCUUGCUGCUGUUGUCUUAUCGCAGUGCGUUACGGCCUCUCCAUGCGUCGUGUCGGCGCUGGCGGCACUGCUGGCCCAGCAAACGAGCCACGGGUCUUCUCGCUCUUGCUCGCCCCCCCCCUCCUCUCUCGACGUGCCGGCCCCCCACCAACCCCCGGUUCCGCCUUCCCAACUUCCGGGUGCUGUGCUCUCAUCUCUCUCUCGCUUCCUUGGGUGUGUCGUUAUAAUUUUUUGUUUUGUUUUUAAUUUCGGAGAUGAUCAUUCUUAACUGAAUAUUUAAACAGACAUGUACAGUGUUAAAUAGCUCCUGCCCGUGCAGCGCUGAGUAGGCCGGCGUGGGCAAGCGCCGCAUGUUUCGCUCUCUCUCUCGCCGCUAUCGCUGUGUCGUAUUAAACUGUUCAUUGCUCGUU